GGACAAACACGACCAAAUAUGAUAUCUGCUUGCCCGUCCAGUGUAGGUAGACACUCCGGACAUUCAAAAUGCGGCAGAAGCGGGCCAAGACGUAUCGGAAGCUCAUGUCACUUUAUUGCAUGUCUUUCGGGUUCCGGGAGCCAUAUCAGAUUCUAGUUGACUCUGAGAUAUGUAGGAUCGCCACAGAGUCAAGGAUCGACCUGUCAAAACAAUUGAGUACUGUGCUGCAAGGAGCGACGAAGCCCAUGAUCACCCAAUGCUGUAUACACGAACUUUAUCUCCAGGGGAAGUCUCAGCAAUCGGCCGUAGACCUUGCAAAAGCUUUUGAACGUCGAAAGUGUAACCACAGAGAAGCCAUCCCCGGGGAUGAUUGCUUGGCAAGUGUAGUUGGGGAUAGCAAUAAACAUCGCUAUGUGGUAGCCACGCAGUCGCAGCCCCUUCGCGCCAAACUUCAUCUGAUACCUGGCGUUCCGAUUAUUCACAUUAACCGGUCUGUGAUGAUCCUUGAACCACCUAGCGAAGAAACCCUCAGGGUAAAACAACAAGCGCUCGUAGAUUAUCAAUUUUCUCUCCAGAAAGAACAAGAAGCUCUCGGCCCAGCAGCUGCAGAAUUGGUAAAACUACCUCAGCAGCCAAGCAAUCCUCCACGCAAGAAAAAGGGACCCAAGGGUCCAAAUCCUCUUAGUAUGAAGAAGAAGGUGACGCGGCCGGUCAGUGUGACGAUACCUUGGAAAAGCGAUAGCAUUGCCCCUCCAUCUCCAAGUGACCUUUCCAUUGGGGAAAAGAGAAAGCGGGAAGAAAAUGAAGAACAGUUAACUGCUACGCGCAAGAGGAAGAGGCGCAAAAAGCAUGGCGGCAGACCAACUUCGUCUGUUGUUACAACCGCCUAGCUGGAAUUUCGCCGGCCCUCUCCCGUAGGUGUCAGUCCCAGUGCACUGCUGAGCAGUGAUCAUUUUUGAUGGGUCAUGCC